AUAUCAUUGGAUUUUGAUCCAAAUUAUUGAGCCUCCGGAUCACCCGAUUACAUUGAUAUCUACAACUACCUGACCUAGGUACCUACUACUGAAUGCUGUGCGCCUAUGCCAUCGAAAACGAAUUUGUGAGGUUAUCUUCAGCCUGCCUAUGCCAGUAGCUGCCCACCAUCUUGAUCAUCUUUUGCCUUUUUGAUACUCCAAGUCACCUCAUACUUGGUAUUACGCACCUCGCAGCAUCCUUCCUUUCCCCCAACCAGUACCCGUCUUAAAUCCGCAACUACUGCCCACCAUGGCCGAUAACUCUUCUUACGAUACCAUACCACCCUCCCAGGCGUCUAAUCUAUCCGUCCCAGCGUCUCCAACACACCAACGCCACCAAUCUAGAAGAAGUAGGCGGCAUUCGAUACCUGAUACCCCAGAUGAAAAUACCGCUCUUCUUCGUCCCUCGCGCUCCCGCGUACGCAUUCAGAGUCCUGUAGGAACCCCAAGAGGCUACCUAUCAAGGAACCAUAGCUUUGCCGGAGCAUCUCACGUCUCGCGCUUCCACAAUCGACAUGAGUCUUGGGGCCAACGUUUGAUCCAGGCCAUAUCUGAUCAUCCAGAUCCAAUGUCUGAGUCAAAGGGUUCCAUUCUUGCCGACGAUCGGAUAUGGUAUGAUCAGUUCACCUCCACCGACUGGGUACACGAUAGCAUCGCCGAUGCCUACCGAGUCAAGCAAUUACGGAGCCGGAAGGACUUCUGGGGUAGGGCGAGGGUUAUAUUUGAUGGUGCUCAGGGCUGGAUAUUGAGCGCCGUGGUGGGAGUCCUAGUAGCCUUGCUAGCCUACUGCGUAGAUGUAGCAGAGACAACCAUUUUCGACUACAAGGAUGGCUAUUGCGCAAAAGGGUGGUACCUCAGAGAAAAGAGAUGUUGCCCUCAUGGGCCAUGUACCGAUUGGCGAUCCUGGUCCGAGGUUCUAGGAGGCCAUCCCUUUGGCAAUGUUGGAACAGAUUUUGGGAUUUAUAUAAUCGCUGUCCUUGUUCUUUCGGUGCUGGCAUGCUUACUUGCGCUCACAACUAAGACAGUAGUCCCUUCUGCUUACCGAAUGUCAACAUUCGAUGAGAACCUAGCUGCCGACUAUUCCCAAGAGCCAGAUGACAACGAGAACGACGACGAUGAGAACAUCAGUCCCAGAGGGACACGUAGAAAUACUUUCGAUCCUCCACCUCCGAUGGUGUACUAUUCCGCCGCUGGGAGUGGUGUGGCUGAAGUUCGUGUCAUACUUAGUGGGUUUGUUUUACACGGCUUUCUCGGUCUCAAGACUCUUAUCAUCAAAACGGUCGGGUUGAUCCUAAGUGUUGCCUCGGGUCUGAGUCUGGGUAAAGAGGGACCUUACGUUCAUAUUGCAACAUGCAUUGGUAACAUCUGUUGCCGAAUAUUCUCCAAGUAUGAUCGCAAUGAUGCUAAGAGGCGCGAGGUUUUGUCUGCUGCGGCGGCAGCAGGUGUUGUCGUGGCUUUUGGGGCUCCUCUUGGUGGUGUUCUCUUCGGUCUCGAAGAGGUCGCUUACUACUUUCCAGCCAAGACCCUUUUUCGAACUUUUUUCUGCUGCAUCGUGGCAGCCCUAUCUUUGAAGUUUCUUGAUCCAUAUGGCACCGACAAGAUUGUCAUGUUUGAAGUUCGGUAUAAAAUUGACUGGGAGUGGUUUGAAAUGUUCGGGUUCGUUCUAGUAGGUGUACUAGGGGGCAUUACCGGUGCUUUGUUCAUCAAAGCAUCGCGUCGAUGGGCUCUCUCUUUUCGCAAGAUCCCUGCUAUUAAGAACCAUCCACUUCUCGAGGUUGUUCUGGUGGCCUUGGUAACUGGACUUGUUGGCUACUGGAAUAUCCUGACCAAGCUUCCAGUGGCUAAACUCCUGUUGAAUCUCGCAGCACCGUGCAACGACGAUAAUAAGGACGACGAAUUAGGCCUCUGCCCAUCCAGUAUUGACGAAAUACCUGGUAUACUUCGAACAUUGCUCAUCGCUUUUAUCAUAAAAGGCUCUUUGACAAUUAUCACCUUUGGCAUAAAGGUUCCUGCGGGUAUAUACGUACCAUCCAUGGUUGUUGGUGGUCUCAUGGGCAGAAUCGUCGGCCAUGUUGUUCAAUGGAUAGUGCUUCGCUUCCCACACUGGGGCAUUUGGGGAACCUGCCCUCUCCUUCAAGAAUCCACAUGCGUCCAACCGGGAGUGUACGGGCUCAUUGCUGCGGGCUCGACGAUGUGCGGCGUCACGAGAUUAUCCGUCACCCUUGCCGUCAUUCUCUUCGAGCUUACAGGAAGCCUGGAUUAUGUGUUGCCAUUUUCUUUAGCUAUACUCGUCGCCAAGUGGACGGCGGAUGCAUUGGAGCCGCUCAGCAUCUACGAUUUGCUCACCAACAUGAAUGCUUAUCCGUUCCUAGACAACAAGCAUAAGCCAAUUUUCACUUCGGAAUUUGCCGAAAUAGUCUCUCGAGUUCGUCGUGAGCGAGUUAUCGACAUCACAGAGUCGCCCCUUGUUGCAGCCACCAAACUUCGUUCACAGCUUGAGCUUUUGCAUCGAGCUGGAGAGUUGGAUGGCGGACUACCGAUAGUCAGAGACGACAUCCUUGUUGGCUUAAUACCAGCCCCAGAUUUAGAAUACGCUUUGGAUCAGCUCGAUAAUGAAAGUACCGACCUCUGUCUCAUGGCAAACGUACCGAACAUCGAUGACGAGGAGCUUCCGGAGCGGGACCCGACUAAUUUCACACCCUACAUUGAUCCAGCUCCUGUUGCUCUAGACAUUAUGUCCCCGAUGGACCUAGUGUAUGAGUGCUUUGCUAAGCUUGGGUUACGGUAUAUAUGCGCUCUGAGAAAUGGGCGUUAUGCUGGGAUGACUCAUAAAAAGAGAUUUGUGAAAUACAUGCGUGAACUUGAGGAGAAGGAACAUUAGCUCUAGAAUUGGAGUGUUUUUUAUUUUAUUUUAUUUUAUUUCAUGGGAUACCAAUAUGUAUAGUAGAGGUCGUUUUGAUGCGCCUCGGGUAGGUACAUAUGAUAUGACGCAAACGCGGCGUCAACGCUACAUUAUCGUGAGCAUUUCGGCAUGGUUGCAUAGCCUGGAUUUUUGGAUGGCAUUGUUACAUUCUCGAUAAGUAUUUGCUAACUAAUUUAGGUAGAUAGUUCAGUCAAUGAAUCUGAGAAGAGGUCAGAGACGACGUAUAUUGCAC